AAUGGCGAUUAGCAACAUGUAAACAACGAUUUUCGUUUGGAACAGACAAUUUUUUUUAUCCUUUAAUAUCUUUAUUCUUGGAUUAUACAUUUUUAAAAACAUUUGUGGAGAAAGAUGGGGUCGGCAAAGCAACAGUCGGCAAUUUCAAAAAUCAUGGGACUUCUGCAGGAAUGGGAUAAAGGCAGUAAAGUUGUGAGACAGAAAAUUCUUCAGGAUUUUAUUGCACAAAAUCAACACAAAACAGGACCAGAACUUGAACAGGAAUUUGCACAGGCCGCCAGUUUAUUUCUGACACGACUCACAGCUUGGCUUAGAUUGACAUAUAUGAUUGGAACUUGUUUAAAUGAACAGCUCAGAGCAAUUUCAAUAUUUUUAUCUGCAUCAAGUGGACACAAAUACAUGGCAGAAUUUCUUGAAGUUGGAGGAGUCCUGACACUUUUAGAGAUUAUUGGAUUAAAACAAGCGAAGGAGGCAGACAAACUUCAGGCACUGAACUGUUUAAUCUGCAUCGCUAAUGCUGGGAGAAAAUAUAAAGAACUUGUGUGUGAGAGUUAUGGAAUAAGAGCAGUUGCUGAAUGCUUAGCGAAAUCGAAAUCUGAGGAGACACAGGAUGCCUGCAGAAAUAUCUUACUUAUGCUGGCACAAGGAAACCCCAAGUUUGAAGUUCAAGUUUAUAAAGGACUUAUUGCUCUCUUGCCCUGUAGCUCACCUAAAGCACAACAGAUGGCAGCACAAUCCCUUAGAGUCAUUCAGCCAGUGGUGAAGAAUGCAAACCCAAAUAUUGUAGAGCCACUAUUGAACCUCCUUAAAACACUGCAUCUUGAAGUCCAGUUUGAAGCUAUUGAAUUGAUUAAGGAGCUGAUGGAAUAUGAAGUAUCGGACACAAUCCUACAGAAACUGGUUUCUCUUCUGAGGCCAUCAAAGGAGGAAACGGUGAAAAGACCAGAAAUUCUCGAAGAUCCUGAUGUACCUAAAAUAAAUGCACCUUUACCCGUCUUCGUACAACAGGCUGCAGCUGCCAAAACCAUAGGAAUUCUAUCUCGAGAGUCAAAUGAAAUUGCAGAAAAACUUAUUCAGCUAAGAGUAACCCACAACCUUCUGUAUUCCAUGGGGAACAUGGACUAUGCUGACAGCCAAAGACAAUCCAGUAUUUCAUUAGAGUACCUUUGUAGAACAUUUCCUAUCGUUGAUGAACACGUGAAAGAAGCCAUGGGAGAUUCUUUAUAUGAUUUAUUUAUG